AUGAUCGUGACUCACGCAGCUGUCAACAUCGGUUUGGACAUAUGGAUGCUUAUCCUGCCCUCGACCCAGGUGCUUCGGCUGAACUUGAGAUGGCGAGAAAAGGCGGAGAUUUUGGCCAUGUUUGGCAUCGGAAUUUUCAUCACAGCCGUCAGCAUCAUUCGACUAACUGUAUUGUUGAAUCUCCGGGAUUUCGAAAACCCCACACAGGAUGCAUUCUACCUUCACAUCUACGCGGCAGCUGCUACGCCACUGGAUCCCAAGAUCAUUUCGAGCCAUAAGGCAAGAGGCACCCAGGAAUAUGGCGCAAGCACGGCCGGGCGAUUCAACGAGGACGCUAAGGAAUACACCAAUUACGGGCCUCAGCGUGGAUCAGGCGAGCCCAACGAGUGUGGAAGGGUUCGCGGCAUCAAGUCGUCAUGGAGAUGA